AUGGAGAAAGCGAAGAAAAUUAUGUACGCUGAUAUUUGCAAAUACCUUAAUGGCUCGGAUAUUGUCAGUGUUUGUGAGGCGUUGCCCCACAUAAAGUGCAUUCUCUUCUCCAAAGCUAUCGUUGAAGUUUUGCGCAAGUAUGUGAGCACAAUGCAGUGGGUGGACGCAACCGUUUACCGUUGGAUCUACUCCGCCAUAUCGAUGUCGAAGAGUGCCGAGUCAGAGAAAACGAAUGAAGAGGAGGCAGAACUUCUUUAUAAAGUCAUUCAGUGCUACCGAGAUGAUCGACAGUAUCGCAAAAAUUUUAUCAGAUAUGAUUUGCCUUGCACUGACAGAGUUUUUCACAUCUUG